CAUGGUCGUCGCCUGCAGACGCAGUUCACUCAAAACGAACUUAGGUGAGUAAUCAUGGCGGCUUGGAUGAGCAGCUUUUGGAGAAUUAUGAACAAAGGAAUGAAGCUGAAUAAUCUGUGCUGUUUCAGAAGGCACUUACAUAAGUUACAGAUGUGUAGGAGAAAUGAAGGGCUAUUUAAAUGUUUUCCUAGAAGCCAAAAGCCUCGCACCAGUGUUGGUUACACUGCACACUGGCAAUGUUAUUCACAGCAAAAACAAAGUAAAGAAAACAACCUUGCAAAAGGUUUAACAUCAAAAAAACUAGCGAACUGUAAAAUUAGGCCAUAUGCUGAUGUGAAUGGCGGUGUGAGGUACUUGAAUCUGCAACUCUGGGGCCAGAUGUCCAUUUAUGAACAGAAUAGAGAGCUGAUACAAGGACGGGAUGAACUGGAAGUACAAAGCAAUGCGUUGAGGAAUUUCAAGCACUUAUCCUAUAAUCAAGUGAUGGAUACGAUUGGCUUAUGUAUAAAAUGUUAUGGAUUUAUAUGUCAUGAUCUUUUAAAAGUUUUCUUGGAAACUGUUGACCAUGACUUCAACAGAGAGUCUGAUGUGUGGAAUCCGCAAUCUGUUUCUAAACUGAUGUUUUGUGUAUAUUUGUAUGGAUACAACAAAGACAAAAUAUUUUUUGAGGUGGAAAAAAUGUUUGAAAAGCAGUUUGAAGACUUUUCUGUGGUGGAGGCAACAGUAUUGAUGUGUACAUUCAACAGGUGUGGAAAGAAGCUCAACUCUGAUUUUGUCAUCAACAAAUUGUGGUCUCUCUUCUUCAGCCAUUCAGAAACAUUAAUGGAUCAGAGGCAAUUGGGUAGUUUGUUACGACAAAUGAGCCGAUAUACAGGUCACUUACACUCAAUUGCAAAAGUUGAGGCAUUGGGAAAUUAUGGAUGCAGCCUACAUCGUAUUGAAGAUAUCAUAACAGUAAUAAAAUGCCUCACUUCAGCUAGGUUUCAUCAUGCAAAAUUCAUGCAUCAUCUUACAGAAGAAAUUGAAAAAUUAGCCAAAAGAGGUGCUGAUAUUCGAGUAAAGACAUUGGCAUUACUAUGUGAAUUUGUUGCUAAUUAUGGAACACAGGAGUUGGCCACUAGGACACGGUGUUUUCACAAUUUGUCGACGUUACUUGUAUUAAGUACAGAUGAAUCUGCAAUGUCAGCAAAAUACUAUCCUCUGUUCAAAGGUUCUGAAGAUGGACAAAGACAAUCUAAUAGGAUUGUGGUAAGGAGCUCAAAUGAUUCUCUCAUGAGAUUUGCCAUAGCUAUGGUGUUUGCUGGCAAGUUCCAUGAAACUCUCCUCAGUCAACUCCUUGGUGAACCAGGGAGCAAGCGUGGAAUAUUUCCUAGCAACCUAGAGUUACUCCAGACCAGUAUUGACAUUGAGUGCCCCAGCUACAAAGGUAACCGACUGCCCAAGUUAAUGCGUAAUUAUGAGGGCUUUGAACCCCAGAGAGCUGGACCUCAAAAACAAAUUCUGUUAAAGUUGCUCAAGGAAUCAAUAAGUAAUAUUGUGGAUGAAAACGUCUUCCAUUUUCACCAUCUUCUGCCUUACGGAAAUAAAGUUUUGGAAAUAAGACUUGAUGAGGAGAGGAGGCCCACACAGUUUGAUCCAGUCCCUUAUAGUGAUCUCCCUAGCACUUUCAAGAAUGAAAACACUGGGAUUGUCAUCAUACCACACAACAUGAGGCAAACUACUUCCAAUGGGGGCUCUCCAUUAGGCAUGCUGAAACUCCAGAUACGACACUGUAAAAAGCUAGGAUAUCAGGUGAUUGAGGUGCAGACUCUUCCUUACAAGGAUGCUCAUAGUGAGAAUGCUGUGCAGAAUAUGACUGAGAUGUUGAGGAAGAAAUUAGAGCUGGACUGUAAUGUUGUCCUUGAUGGGACAACCGCACCCACAUAACAAUGUCUGAACAUCUAUCAGUGUCGAAAAAAGAGAUCGACAGCCCAGUUUAUGGGUGUCUGUCCUUAAUGCCAUUUCUCUGAUGUUGUUGGUGGAUAACCAUUUGUAAUCGUUGUAUUGGGACCUUGAUUCAGUAGGUGUAGCAGACAUCAGUCAAAUGGCUGGUCGGGUGUUGCAGUGGUAACGCUCUCCCCUUUUACCUAACGGUCCGGGGUUCGAUUCCUGAAAUGGAUGUGAAAAGGUAUGGGGUCACCUGCCCGAACACGUGAUUAAUAUAAGGUGGAAAAACUUGCUUCGCAAUUGUUGUUAAAUAAAGUUUAUAUAUUAGGUAGUUGAAAUCAGACAGAAAAUGGCCCCUUUGUCAUGCUUAUUGUGUGGUGGACAUCAGACAGACAAUGGCCCCAUGUCCUGUUUUAUUGUGUGGUGGACAUCAGACAGACGGCUACUUGUCCUACAUUAUCAUGUAGUGGACAUCAGACAGACAAUGGCCCCUUGUCCUGUUUUAUUGUGUGGUGGACAUCAGACAGACGGCUACUUGUCCUAAAUUAUGUAGUUGACAUCAGACAGGCUUAUGUCCUACAUGUGGACGUAAGACAUUAGAUUCUGGACAUCAGACAGACUAUGAUCUUAUCUGUAGCAUCUUAGAUAAAGGGUUGUCGUUAUGUCGCUUCUUAAACACAAAACUCUCUCUUUGUAAUUGCAUGUGUCAUAUGGGUUUUGUAGACGAUACCAUUGGGGCAAGGGAGGUAACUUCAUCAUUUAAAUCACUGUUCUUGGAGAUACAGUGAUAAAUAUAUUUCUUUUUCUUCCCACUACUCAUCAAGAACUACUACAACAUGUCACAAUAAGCUCAUUUUAACUUCACAACUAUUUGGAGUUUUAUGGUGCAGAAUUAUACGUAUUUCUAUGCUUCUGUCGUGAUAUUUAAGAGUAUUUUACAAAAAAUCUUAAUUUAUUUUUAAUAUCUGUGUUUCAUUUCUUAGUCAAUAACAGUUAUAGGGUGCUGAUUUUUCUUUAUGUUUUGAAUUGUUCCUUGGGUGCAGAGAAUGAAAGUGAUUGAAACCCCAGGAGUAUUGAGGAUAGAGGUAUAGAUGACCUAUUUUUGCAUAAUGCUUUUUUUUUCUAGCAUAAGUAAAAUUUUACUUCAAAUUGGAUCUCCUCCCAUACGCUUGAACAAAUUGCCACCAAAUUUGGCACCAACCAUCAUUUGGGGAGGACAAUUACAAUCUUAUAAAUGACACUGAUUCAACCACUGUUGACUUGGAGAGCAGGGCCUGUAAUGAGAAACUCUUCAAUUUUGCUUAAAAUACUUUUCCUUGAUAGAUGUCUAAGUGAAAUUCUACCAAAUUUGGUUUGAAAAUCACUAGGAGAGGGCAGUCAUGAUUUAUAGAUGAUGUUGAUUUGACCCCAGAGGACAUGGGGGAAGGUUUCCAAAUGGGAAACUCUUCAAUUUUGCUUCAAAUGUUAUUUCUCCUUAAUGCCUCAGUGGAAUUCAACCAAAUUAGGUCUGAAACGUACUGGAGUAGAAAAAUCAUAAUUUUAUAAUGAAAGGUAUUGUGGACCUAGGGGCUUGGGGAUGAGACCAUCAUGGGAAAUUAGGGAAUAUGCCUUUAAAAUGCUUCCCCUCUGAUAUGCCUAGACAGACUUCAACCAAUUACAUGUCUGUCCUGAAACAUCAUUGGGGGAGGGAAAUGAUUUUCCAAUGAGUGCUGAAUUUUUUACCUUUAGUUUUGUAUAUCAUUUGAUAUUUUGUGAAGCGCAGCUACAUUCUCUGUGUAUAUUGGUCAGAUGAAUGUUAAAGCUUGUAUGCUUCAGGUUUUGAAGUUCCUCAUCACAGGCUUUAGCAACUGCAUUCCUUUGAGGAUUAUGAAAGACCUUUAGACAAGUUCAAAUUUCAGGUUCAAAGUUCAAGAUUAUAACUACUUUCAGAUUUUUUUAUUGGCAUUCUCGUUGCGACGUGCUAUCCAUGAGAGAUUUUGGUCAAACUUCACAUUCUUGCCCAUUUUCUUCUGUUGUUGAAUUGUGAGAGGACCAGUGUCGGUUGCCUGACUAACCAUAAACUUACUUUCUUUUAUAGAAGUAAAGCUACGAUACUUCAUAGUACAUGUUUUUGUUUGUCAUAUCAGUUAACAUUUUUUACAAUAUCAAAAUAAUAGAAUGUUGAAAUUU